CUCCCAGGCUGCCAUCUUUCGACCAACACCGCAUCCACUAAGUGUGAGGUGAGGUAGAUUUGCCUACUCGCUUCCGCGUGCCCUCACAUACUCCAAACGUCCGGAGGAGCAACAACUAACAUCCCUACGUCCUACGAGUUCCAGAGUGAAAUCCGUCCCAAUCACACCCAACGUCUUGAGGUCUUGAGUUCUAGUCACUCAAGUACACUCAUUUAUCGACUCUCAAACCAUUCUCAGUUUGUUGCAACAUGAAGAUCUGGACCAGUGAGCACGUGUUCAAUCACAAUUGGGAGACGGUGACCAAGAGCCAGUGGCAAAAGUAUCCCAAUCCGCACAACACAGCUGUGGUGGGCACGGAUGUGUUGGAUCGCUCGGUGGAUGCUCAGGGUGUGAUGCAUUCCCGACGGAUCAUUUCCUCAGAUUGGGGAUUGGCCCCGUGGGUGCAGGGUUUGAUCGGGUCCAAUCGGGUCUGCUACGCCCAUGAGUAUUCCAAGGUGGAUCCCAAGAACCAAUUGAUGGAGAUGGACUCGAUCAACCUGACGUUUUGUUCUUUUGUGUCAAUGCAUGAGCGCAUGUCAUAUCGACCGCAUCCGACAGACCCGUCAAAUAAGACCCUGAUGAAGCAAGAGACCGUGGUCACGGUUCAAGGUGUGCCGUUAACGUCGUAUAUGGAGAGCAUUAUUUUGAAUACCGUGUCGAAUAAUGCGGGCAAAGGCCGGAUAGCCAUGGAUUGGGUGGUGGACAAAUUGAAGAAUGAGACUCGAUGCUUGUCCGCAUCCAUUGAUAAGCUCAAGUUAGAGGUUACAGAUUUGACGCAUUCCGUGGAGGAUAAAGUGGUCAAUUUGGCCAAAAAGUCACUGGACGACCUCCAAAGAGACAUUUUGAAAUUGCAGCCCAAGAUGCUCCAAGCCGAAGAUGUGAAGGAUGCUGGAUCACCAUUUUAGUGUCAAUCGUUUCGUUUUUUGUCCUUCAUCUACUAUUCUUUAGACAUCCGGACUUACUUGCCUGAAUAAGUUUCAUCGCGAUGUCUGACACAAGGCUGUGAUCCCUCAUAUUUCUCUUUGACCUUUGUCAGCUUUUCCAAUCCAUCAACGACGCAACCAAAUGGAUGCUUCAACUUGAACCAGUUACGAGUUUGAUAUCUUGAAUUGUGACAAUUGUGGCGGUUUACAUUUGGCCAUUGCUCACGAAAAAAAUACCCUGAGAAACAAAUCCUUCAUUCUAUGGCGCAUGUCGCUCUAUACCACGAAUCAGAAAUAUAAUUCGAUACCCGA